AUGCUGAAAAUGAGUGUAACAUCUAGUGGCAACUCAUUUCAUUCUGCCGCAUCCGAUAUUUUGAAUGAUGGCAGUUCAUCCAUUAACAGUAAUGCCCGCUAUAAUGACGACAGAGUUAAUUUUAUAACGUUCAAUCAGGACGCCAGCUGCAUCGCAAUCGGGUUAAAUAAUGGAUAUAAGAUAUUCAGUUGUCGUCCCAACUUUGGAAAGUGCUAUCAAUUUAAAAAAGAUGAAGCAGUUAGAAUAAUUGAAAUGCUUUAUUGCACCUCGCUAGUGGCAGUCGUAGGACUAGGUGAAGAACCCGGGUCAUCACCAAGAAAGCUCAAGAUCAUUAACUCAAAGAGACAGUCUACGAUUUGUGAUUUAGUGUUUCCCUCAACAAUUUUACAGGUUAAGCUCACCAAAUCCAGAAUGGUUGUUGUUUUGGAAGAUCAAAUUUAUAUAUAUGACAUUACGACCAUGAAAUUAUUGCACACUAUAGAAACCAGUAUUAAUUCGAACGGAAUUUGCGCUAUUUCGUCAGAAGGAAGUGAUAUAUACCUUGCAUACCCGUCUCCUCCGAAGACUAUCACUCAUGAUUCUUUGUUAGUUACUGGAAUAAACACCAAUGGAGGAGUUAAUUCGGUCCAGAAUAACAUUCAAUCGGUUAGCAAUAGCCCUAAUAGAAUUGGCGAUGUCAUAAUAUUUAAUGUCACUACGUUGCAGCCCGUUUGCGUUAUCGAAGCACAUAAAUCAGCGUUGGCUGCCAUCACGUUGUCAAGCGAUGGUUUGCUUUUGGCAACCGCCUCAGAUAAGGGUACUAUAAUAAGAGUGUUUUCCGUCACAACUGGAAUAAAAUUAUAUCAGUUCAGAAGAGGCACAUACCCCACUAAGAUAUAUUCUUUGAAGUUCAGUUCCGAUGAUAUGUACGUAAUAGCCACUAGCGCUAGUGGAACAGUACAUAUCUUUCGAUUGGGAGAAGAUGAAGCGCUCAAGAAUAAACAUAAAAGGAGAAGAAGCUCAAAGCCAAAACCUAAGCCAAUUCCGGGAUAUGAGACGAUAACUGAAGAAGCCGAAGAAGCUAACACUCGAAAGCCCGCAGACGAAGAGGAAGAUGAUGAAAUCGAUGACGGUGAUGACAGUGAUGCGGAAGAUGAAGAUGGAGAUGACGAAUCAAUAGAAAUAAUUCCCAAGCAACGCAAGUUCUCGCAGGGAUCGAAUAAUUCAGCUGUUAGUGCAAUGUCUGGGAUCUCUAAUAUCAGUAGCGAAGAUGCGGCUGCACAAAGCGUAUCAUCAAUGCCAUCUAAUAAAGAUUCUAAAACGGAACCGCUUGUCGACCAAACUCGAUUAUCAGUUGCAAGAAUGAUUAGAAGGUCAUCUCAGACUUUAGGAAGAAAAGCUGCUCAAAAGAUGGGCGACUUUCUUCCCUCGAGGUUUUCCUCUAUCUUAGAACCUACUCGUCAUUUUGCAUCUUUGAAGAUUAACACAAUGGCAAAAGACGUGAAGUCAAUCGCCGUCAUGAGCAAUGAAAUACAGGAAGAUUUGGUUCCGCAAGCACUUUUAGCAGCAAAAAAGGACAAGGAUCAUAAAGAGAAGGAAAAAGAUUCGGUCACCACUUCCUUUAAUCAAAAUGUAAAAGAUUCUUCGACCUCAAAAGAGAUGCUAUCAUUAAAUCUAUUACACAUCAAUGUUGUCACGUCUGAAGGAUUCUUCUGUACUUAUGGUUUAGACCCAGAACGGGGUGGUGAUUGUAUUUUGCUACACCAAUAUUCUCUUUUAGACGAAAGCAGCUAG